AGGAGAAUAUUAAUAGCUUUGGUAAUGUCCACUUCGGGGACGUCCGCACUUAUGUGAUAAUUACCAAAACAUGAACGAAAUAUCGUAAAUUCGCGAUUGUCACGCUGUGAGUAGUAGUCAUAGUUAGGUGUGGUGAGAUCACUGAUAACGUUGUUAAUAGACGUUUUCUACAGUUGGAUAAAACACGAGUGUUAAAAUGGUGAAAGUCAAUGAAAAGGAUGAGACUUCAAAAACUCCUGGACAUGACCCACUUUCCUCAAUGUCAAGUGAAGGAUCGUUUGUUGUUUUGGGAACAUCACCUCAUGAAUCUGAAAGACAGCCUGCAAGUGAUAUUACUAUUGUCUCACAGCCACCAAGUUUUAAUGAACUUAUGUUGACAGAUUAUCAGACACCAUCGAACUUACCGGAACCGCUAUCUGCUGACUUGAGUCCAGAAGAGGUUCACAAAAAGCUUGAAGAGGUCGUGCAGCACAAUCUUCAUCUGAAAGAGCUGUUGUUCCAGAAUAACCUAAGCUGGAAACGUAAUUACCAGAUAUUACUAACAUGGCAGGAAGAACUCUCAAAGCAGCAACAGAAGAAUAAUGAAAAAUUUGCAGAAAAUAAGGAGUUCACAAUGAAGUUGAUUGCAGAAAACAAGGAGCUAAAACGUUACAUUGAGGAAUCAAAACGAGGAAGUGACCUUGAAUUGCAGCUGGAAGCUGAAAAUGCUGAGCUUAAGAAAAAAACAGCAGAAUUGGAGAAAAGGCUGGCAGCAUCAAGUGCAAAGGGAGAAAAAACAGAAUGUGGAACACCAAGUAAGAAAGAACUAGAGUUGAGCAGUCUUGUAGAGCAGUUGAAUAAACAACUUGAAGCAGCAGAAAGAUCAAAACGGCAGCUAAUAAUGGACAAUGAGCGUCUGAGUGCUCAAAAAAGUCGAUUAGAGAAAGAAAUGGAUAAUAUAAAGGCUGAUCUAGAAGAGCUGAAGGUGAACUGUCAUAAGUUAGAAUUGGAAAGAGAAGAGCUGCUCUCCAGAUCAAAUCAUCUUGAUGAGAGCUCUACCUCUCCUCAGUUGGAUGUGCAAAGUAAUGAAGAGACUGAUUUUGCUACCAGCAUGAAAAAUUAUGAGAGACGUCUACAGCAAAUCAAUACAAACCUAGACGAGAAGACUGAAAGGUACACAACUUUGGACAGCUGGCUACAGGUAGCUGCUGACAAUGUUAAUCAGUGGAAUGGAAUCCCAAGUGCAGAUUCUGCUAUUAUAGCAAAUCUCAAGAAAGAAAUCCAUGACUUACGACAAUUAUUAAUAAAAGAACAGAGCUUUGGACAUGAUAAAAAAAUAAACUUAGCUGAAGCUCAGUCACAGUUUCAGAAAUUAUUCUCAGACUACCAAGAACUUUUAGAAGAGUGGGAAAAAUUUCAUGCGGAACAGAAAACAAAAGAAAAACAAAACAAUGAAUACCAUGAAUUUCAAGUUCGAGGGUAUGUUGAAAAAAUAGACAACCUUACCGCACAACUGAUGUCAAAAGAAGAAGCUCUUACACAACAGAAACAACGAAUUGAUGAACUGACUAAAGAAGUAAAGAAGCUUGAGCAAGAAAAAGAAGAAAUUCCUGUACUAAAAGCUCAGGCGGAAGUAUACCAGUCAGAUUUUAUUGCUGAAAGAGAAGCAAGAGCUAAUUUGGCAGGAGAGAAAGAAAAAUUGGCUGAAGAUCUAAGAAAACUCCACCGCCAGAACAAGGAGCUUCGGGAAGAAUUAGAGAAGUGUCGGCCUGACAGAGGUCGUUUGAAUAGUGGUUGGAACACCUUUUCAGCUCCAGGAAGGCCUAGGGUAAAUGGCCAGAACCAGCAACAAACUUCAGAUGUAGAAGACAGACAGAGUAUAUACAAUGAAGAAAUCCCCCCUCGAAAAAAAUAUGACUGUCCAAACUGCAAUAGGCAAUUUCCAAGGUUGGAUCAUUUAGAACUUCAUGUGGAAACUUGUCUUAACCUGACAAACUGAGGAAAGACAGGUGAACGACCUGUACCAUUGCCCAAAGUGCAACAUGAGUUUCUUUGUACUUCAAGCUCUGGAACGGCAUGUGGAUAGAUGUCUGGAUCUGCAGAUGUUCCCUGAAUGAAGUGCCAACAACAGCUAGAAGAUAAUUAAUUAAACAUUUAUUUUCAUGUAAAGAAACCUGCUUAAACUGUAUAUAGUCUUCUAGUUAUGAGAGUGGUUAAUAGCAUUUCCCAUAUGUGCUUGUACAGCGUUCAGAAACAAAUUCUAUGUAUGUUGCAUCAUAAAUAUUUUAUAAUAUAUUUGUCUACAUAAUUAUCCUAUUUGCAGUUUUCUACCAUCUUUAACUUUCUGGGGGACCUUUUUCAUUUCUUUAUUCUUUCAGUGGCUUUCAGGUAGACUUCAAAUUGGUGCUACGUGUUAGCACUCAGUUUCCUUCUGCGGCCCAUGUGCUACAUGUUCAGUUUGUAUUUUAUUUGAUGAAAAACUCUUCAUGACAUAAUGUUCGUACAUGGUUUCUGAAUAUUGUUUGAGGUGCUCCCAUAGUUACCACUUCUGUUGUAAACUGUGUAUGUGUGAUUAGUAUAUAUUUUAUUAUGCAGUUUUGUUCAGUCAUUGUCAGAUGGUGCAUUUGUGACCAUUAUCUUCUGUUAGAGUAUAAUUCUUCAGUGGAGAUUUAAUUCGGAGACAGAUCAUCAGUGAUUUAAAACAAAAUAAGUUAUUGAUAUCCCAUAUAUUACUGUAGCCUUUUUAUUAACUUUCACAAAAAAUUAAAAUAACUUUUUAGUUAGCACAGAGAAAUGAGGGAAAGCAGUUUUGCCACAAUCUACAGCUCGUACUGUGUGUUCAUACGAUCAUUUGGAAUUUACAGAUUCAUUACAAACCAAACAAACCCUGGUAGCUUUCAAUCAUUUGCUGCCUUUUUUUCCUCACCUUUACUGAUAGCAAAUUGCUAAUAACUUUCAUUUUUACAUGUGCGAUCACUGUUAAAAUUUAGCAAUCAUGCACAGAAAAUUGUUUUCGAGAAUAUUAAUUUCCCUACUUUUCCAUUAAUAUUUCCCUCUGAUUUUUGCCAAAUUGCACUCUACUGAUGAAAUUUGGUUCAUGACAUCACUUAUCAGUGUUUUGUUCUAGUUUGCGACAAAGUCAGUGAGUUGCAGUGCUUUUCUGAUACUGUGAUCGUAGUAUUAGCAGUCUACUAAGUCAGUUUAUGUCGAGGUAAGGGAAUUGACUGAGGUUUACUGUGAGAAAUCAACUGAGGUUUAUUGUGAGUGAAGAGAUCCAAUAAUUUGCCUGUUGUAACUAUAAUUAUUUGCUACAGAUACUGUUUUGUUGUAUGUAGUCUGCCAGUAUGGUUUAAUUCACAUCAACUAAAUUACACAGCUGUGGCUAUUUAUUUAAUAUCAUCAUGGUGCAGUAUGGUAGUUUGCAUUUUUUUUUUAGGCCAGUGGUUUGAUCUUUAUCCCACUUGAUAAUGUUCAUACAAUGUUUUGCAUGUAUUGUAAUAAACUAUUUAUAAGAACAGUCAUAAAUUUUCUCUCUUUCUGUAUAUGUUAAAUGUUAGGCCAAAACAUGAGGCUGCUGUAAUAUUGAGCAGCAUGCCACUUACCUUACUGAAAUGAAAUGAUUGUUGAGCGUAAGUAAUUAACAAUAACUCAUUUACUGGUAUGAGUUACAAAAAGUAAAAAUCUGUACACCUAGCAACAGAUACCACUUUGCUGUUUGUGGUCACAUUUUUCAUUGUUACAUUAGUUUCUCUGCUGAUACAAAGUAAAUUACAUGUAGCAUUAUAUUUCUUGUCACACAAGUCAUUUUUUGUAUGAUUACAGGAUGUAUUCAUAAGUAUGUUUAUUAAAUUGCUACUGAGCUUAUUUUAGAAACUAGGGUGUAAUAUUUGACAUCUAUGGGAGUUCUCAAACUAAUUCCAUCAUUAUAAGAUUGUUCCUUGCAAAAAUUUGUUUCAAUUUGAGUUGCCAGUGAUGUAAAUCUAGGAAAGAAAUGAGUUUCUUUUAAUGACCAGUUACUAUCUCUGAUGCUGUUGUAUAUUUUACAAUCACUUAUUAUUAUUAUUAUUAUUAUUAUUAUUGUUAUCAUUAUUGACUAUCCUAGUGCUUCCAUUGGUUUCAUUAAUACUGUUCAUAUGAUGCCUGUAUUUUAUUAAUAUUUCAAAUUUUAUGAGCAGAUAUGUAUAUCACAAAACUAUUUCAUUUUUAUUACAUUAAUAGAAGUCUUUCAUCCAUUAAAAACACGUUUUAAACUGGAAAGCAACAUUUUAUACUCUUACCCAACUGUUCUAAGGUGUAUUAAAUCUGUAAGUAAGGAGAAUUAGAAAUAGAUUUCAUAUUUAAAAUA